UGGCAUGCCAUCAUCAUUGAAAUACAAUUUACGAAACAGAUCAUUUAAACAAAUAUAUGCUCGGUAAGAAAACGUCUAUUCGGAUCUUAAGCCUAAUAAUAGGAGAGCCGUUAUCAGCAUUCGCCCUAGACUGGGCAAACAACUGGAAUCGGUUAAUUGAAAACGUGCCAGGAGUCCGGAUCAUUUUUUGGCAUCCACUCGAGUUUGAACCCACAUGAAUAAGGUUGUGGACUUUGGUUAAAUCGGGCCAGAAGCUGCGCGGAAAUAGAGAAAAUAGACGACAGCUCAGAGUAGGCCUACUCAAUUUGCUGUGGAAGCCGUAGCGUUCAACUGGUGACAGCGUUAUAACCGUGUCGGUCGCACAUUACCAUUGUGUUGCAAGGUAACCAACGUUACCACGGAGCUUACUCGUCUCAUCCCCACACAGACAAGGGAAACACUGAACCGAUGCGGAUACCAGACUGACAACUCGCAUCGUGACCGGCACUAAGACACGAUAAACACUCAGCUAACAGCUCAUUGAUGUAAGACGUGCUACGCCUACCCUUGUGAUUUAGUACGCUGCGGAUUUAUUCCCCCAAAGUGACUGGUUUUCGGCUCAUUGUGAUGCUGCGUUAUACGUAAUUAAACCGAAGUACAAUCAUCAGGAUCUGGAUUCUAUAUUCUCUAUGGAUUCCCCACAUAGCUCACCUGCGUCCAUUGGGCGGCAUAGCAGUAGCCUGAGUUCCAGCCGCAGGCGGAAGCAAAUGAGACAGUCGGACGCCUCGUCGUAUCGCAUGCCGAUCAGCUGUGUAGAUUCCUCCGUGCAGGCGAGGGUCGUCAUGGAGCAGAUUAGCAGAGAGAGAAGCCAAAAAUACAAGGAUUCGGUCGUGCAAACGGUUCUGGGACAGCACGACGGACACAGAAAGCCAUCGGACGCCAAACCCAAAGUGAAAUUCCCAAACAUUGACGAGAGGAAUCCCGCCACAGAGAAGAAUCCCGCCACAAGUAGACAGAUCAACAACUCCACCAGCUGUGAACGCGAGGAAACGUUUACAAAGAUGGAGACGUUUCCUUGCCACGCCAGCGGGCCUUCGGUGACCUCUCAUUUUGAACCAUUAAGCACAGACAGAAGACCUGGAAGUAGUAACAGGAUUUCAUAUAACUCUGCGCUGUACAGUACUUCAGCCAGCUCUUCUGCUGUGGGAAGGAUGCCAGUUGGCAAGCACCAUCCCAUGCAGCGUCGACCCAGAGCGGCUGUCCACAAAAAUGGCGCUGUUUUGCGGGCACAGCCCAUACCCGAUCGCAGCCAUAGCGAGGGUUUAUCCAGAAUGGAGAGCUGUAACGACAACCCAAGGCGUCGUGAAAUACGACGAAGGUAUACACCUGAUACCACUCUCCCUAGACGCGCCCGGUCUCAAUCGAGCGGUCGUAGCAUAACUGAUCCCCCCUUGCCUCAAACAAGGAAACGACGCGGUUCGAACCUCGACGCCGGCCGAAGUCAGUCCGACCAGGAUAUAUCUGGCAUCGAGGCUCAACUAAAGACUAAGCCACGCCAGCGCCAAAAAACGAGGCACAUGUGGCAGUCACAUGAUGGUAUACCUCAGGCGGCUGACAGCCAAGACCCCAUGAGUCCUUCACUAUCUAACUUAGGGCCCAGCGACUGGCAACUCGCUCGUGAAAAGUCAUUCGAAAUUACAUUCCCUGGGUACGAUACCAGGUUUGUGGACCUCCCAGACCGAAACGCAUUAUAUCAGGAAAGUGAUAUGAGUGAUAUCGACCGCCAAAUUGAAUCUCAAAUUCAUGCCUCAUCUAUUGAAAAGUGUCGUCGAUGGUUGAAUAAAUGGGUCCUUACAACGUAACUUGAUGAUGACAUAUGAAGAUCAUAAAAAUGUCUUAUGCUUUUUUUCACCAAUAGGAUGAAUUAAACACUUGCCUUAAAUGAGUGACGAACGGAUAUGAAAUUUGUACCUAAAUGUCCAUGCAACAAUUUUGGUAAAUAUGCAAAAAGUACUGUGCAAUUUCAAUAACACUAAGUCUCUUGAAUGUGCAAUCCAAAACAGUCGUUAGUUUAAUUUGUAGAUUUACUUAAAUGUAUGAAGACAAAUAAAUACGGUUUUGUGGAAUUUUCAGAUAGGAGCGAUUAUUUUGGAUUUCCCUCAAAAUGCAGAACGUUUUAAUGAGAUUGAAAACACGUUAUAACAAUGUACGUGGGCCCGUGACACAGGACUUGCAAGUGUUUACUCUUACGACGGAAGGAUUCUGCCAUAUUGGAAAGAGAGGAAAUCCCAUUUUUUUGAACAACUGACAACUGUUUUAUGUUUUUAUUUCGUUUGAAUUUUAUUCAUACAUUUAUGGAAGUAAUCCGUGUUAUGUUUGCAGAGAUUGGUCGUUUAGGGAUUUGUCGAUGUUCACUCUAAGAAUAACUUGCAAGUAAGUGGUUGUUAUUUAUAAAGGGCCUUCGAUUAAACAAGCCGAAGGUAAAAAAAAAUUUCCGAGUUAUUUUUUUCUCUCAGAAGUUUUACCAUGCACAAUUGUAAAGGUAUACAUUUAAAUAUUAGACGAAUAAGAAAUUAUGUCUGAUAUUGCCUUUCACUAAGGCAAGUAAGUGUUGCCGAGUGUAGAUUGCUAGGAAUGGAUUUUCAAAUACGCAAGCGCAAUAAUCUGUUUCAUCUAUUUUUGGUGAGGACGGAGAAGAAUCCUACUUUGAACGCAUCAAAGUUGUUAUAUUUUUUUUUUUAAAUUAAGUGGGCCCAUAAAUAUUGUCAAAAAACAACA